AUGCAGCUCACCACCAGCGUCGUCACUCUCCUCGCUCUGGCCGGCGUCCAAGCCAUGCCCGGCUCCGAGUCCCGUCAGGUCACGGCUGGCGUCAUCAGCAUCGGUUGGUUCCCCGACAGUUCUUGCAGUGGCACCCCUCUCGCGACCGACACCGUCUCCAAGCCCGCGGAUGGAGGCUGUUUCAACCUGCACGAGCCGGCCAGCGCCAAAUUCUUCAGCGUCCUGUCCAACACGGCGCAGUCCGACGGAAGCUGA